AUGACAGCCACCCCUCCUCCCCUCGAGUUCAUCGUGGGCUGGGACGAGCCCGAGACCGAGGACCCAGAAAACCCAAUGAACUGGUCAGCAUUGGUGAAGUGGGCUAAUAUUCUCAUCCUUUCCGUGAUUGGGUUCCUGGUCCCGCUCGUGUCAUCCAUGAUGGCCCCGGCGGUGCAGCUGAUCAUGGACGACUACCAGACCACCUCGACGGCGUUCGCCACCUUCUCCGUGUCCGUCUUCGUCCUCGGCUUCGCCUCGGGACCCCUGCUAUGGGCGCCCCUGAGCGAGCUGUACGGCCGCGUGCCCGUCUACCACGCCACCAACCUGCUCUUCCUCGUCUUCACCCUCUGCUGCGCCCACGCGCCCGGGCAGGGCGCCUUCCUGGCCUUCCGCUUCCUCUCGGGCUUCGCCGGCGCCGCCCCGAUCGCGAACGGCUCCGGCUCUAUCGCCGACCUCGUCCCGAAGGAGCAGAGGGGCAAGUUCGUGUCGGCCUGGUCCGUCGGCACAAUCCUCGGCCCCAUGAUCGGGCCCAUUAUUGGCGGCUUUGUCGCAGAGACGGCGGGUUGGAGGUGGAUGUUCUGGUCUAUCUCCAUUGCUAUCGGAGCAGUCACCAUCCUCAGCUUCUGCGUCUUGAGGGAGACCUACCCGCCGGUUCUGCUGGGAAGAAAGGCGGCCAGGCUCCGAAGGGAGACGGGGGACGACCGGUACCGGUCGAAGCUGGCGUCCGGCAUCGGGUCGGCGGAGCUCUUCCGGCGGAGCAUCGUCCGGCCGUCCCGGAUGCUCCUCUGCUGCCCCGCCGUAACGAUCCUGUGCGCCUACGUCGCCGUGCUGUACGGCACCCUCUACCUCCUCUUUGCGACCUACUCGUUCGUCUUCGGCACCGUCUACGCCUUCUCGCCCUCCGCUGCCGGGCUUGUCUUCCUCCCCGGCGGCGCCGGCACGCUGCUGGGGCUGGCCUACAUGGCCCGGUUCAGCGAUCGUACCAUCGCCAAGCGCGCGGCGGCGGCGACGGCGACGGCGACGAUGGCCACUCCGGAGGACCGCCUCCCCCUGGUCGUCACGCUACCGGGGGCCCUCGCGUUCCCCGCCGGCUUGUUCCUCUACGGGUGGAGUGUGGAGUGCCGGGUGCACUGGGCCGUGCCCCUGCUCGGGACGGCCGUGACCGGGUUUGGUUCGAUCCUGGUCUUCGUCGGCAUCCAGACGUACCUGAUCGACGCGUUCGAGAAGUACGCCGCCAGCGCGGUCGGCGCCAACACGGUGCUGAGGGGCACCGUCGGCGCCCUGCUGCCCCUGAGCGGCCUCGACCUGUACCACGCCCUCGGCUGGGGCUGGGGAAACAGCCUGCUGGCCUUCCUCGCCCUGGCACUCGCCCCCGUCCCGUUGCUUUUCGGUCGGUAUGGGGCACGCAUCCGCAAGCUGGGAGGGUCUCGGGUCAGCCUGUAG